AUGGAGGAGCAAUCACAUAAGCCGCAUCGGCAGUCUAAGAAGUCCAAGGACAAAAAGAAGCAGAAUACAUCAGGCUCGAAUCUAAAGGCAUUUGCUGUCUCCAACCCCGGCAAGCUCGCAAGACAGGCGGCCCGUUCCCACGAUAUCAAAGAGAAGCGCCUCCACGUCCCGCUCGUCGACCGCCUUCCCGAUGAACCGCCACCGCGUCUCGUUACCAUCGUCGGCCCUCCCGGCGUCGGCAAGACCACAUUACUCAAAUCCCUGAUCCGCCGAUAUGCGAAAGAGAACAUCUCGGACCCUGUGGGGCCCAUCACGGUCGUUACCUCCAAGAAACAAAGGUUAACCUUCAUCGAAUGUCCGAACGAGCUGGAGGCAAUGGUCGACAUUGCUAAGGUGGCCGAUAUCGUGCUGUUGAUGAUCGACGGGAACUACGGCUUCGAGAUGGAGACGAUGGAGUUCCUCAACAUCCUCGCCGCGACAGGCAUGCCGGGCAACGUCUUCGGCAUCUUGACCCAUCUCGACUUGAUCAAGAAACAGCAUGCGCUCAAGGAUGCAAAGAAGAGGUUAAAGCACAGGCUAUGGAAUGAGCUCUACCAAGGUGCUCACUUGUUCUACCUCUCCGGCAUCUGGAACGGCCGCUAUCCCGAUCGGGAAAUCCACAACCUCUCCCGGUUCCUCUCCGUCAUGAAGAACCCGAGACCCCUCGUCUGGAGAAACACGCACCCGUACACCAUCAUCGACAACUACCGCGACAUUACCCAUCCGACCAAGAUUGAGGAGGAUGAGAAGUGCGACCGUUCAAUCGAGCUUUCCGGAUACCUCCGGGGCACCAACUUUGCCGCCCAGGGGCAGCGGGUGCAUAUCGCUGGGCUGGGCGACUUCACAAUAUCAAGUAUCGAGACCUUGCCGGAUCCCUGCCCAACGCCCGCCAUGGAGCAGGCAAUGGCAAAGAUAACCGGGAAAAAGGGCAGGAGGCGCCUAGAUGAGAAAGAUAAGAAGCUGUGGGCCCCCAUGGCCGACCGAAGCGGCAUGAAGAUUACAGGUGACCACAUCGUCAUCACUAGGGAAAAUGGCUUCGCCUUCGACAAGGACGCCGAGGGUGUUGAGCGCGGGGAAGGCGAACAGCUGAUUGUUGAUCUGCAAGGCGAGAGGAAGCUUCUGGGUCAAACCGAGAAGGGCGUCAAGCUCUUCGCGAAUGGCGAGCAGAUUGCCGAGGUCCCUGAAGAGGACGAUAGGGGGAGGAAAACGCAGAGGACGGCGCGGUUCUUGGAACGCGAUGGCUCAGGUGAUGAAGCCGAGGUGCCCGAGGACGAAGGGUUCGUCAGCUGGGAGGAACCAGACGGGUCUGACGUGGAGGACGAAUUCGACGAGACAAAACUGGGCAAGUUGUUCAGGAAACAGGACGACAAGGACCAAGGAGAUGAUAUCGCCUUCGCGGAUAGUGACUCUGACCUUGGCUCGCUUUCGGGGGAAGAGAAUGCCGACGAUGACCUAGACUCAGACAACGAGGAUGAGGAACUCGACUCAGACGAGGAGGGGGCAGCCGUGAGGUGGAAGGACAACAUGAUGGAACUCGCAAAGAUGAGGCACGGGAAGAGGCCACCAUAUAGGCCGAAGGAUCUUGCGAGGUUCAUGUAUGAUGUAACGCUCACACCAAAGGAAGCUCUUCAAAGAUGGAAAGGCGAGGAGGACGAGGAGAUAGAAGAGGAUAUCGAAGAGGAUGACGACACGUUCUUCCGGAAAAUCGGCAAGGAGGAUAAGGAGGAGCUGGAGGAGGACCGGGCGGUCCCUCGGUUCAACUAUGAGGAGCUGGCUGCCAAGUGGUCGAACCAGGAUGCCGUCGAAGCCUUGCGAAAGAGGUUCGCCACGGCCAACCUGCUUGACGAAGAGGAGGGCGAUGAAGAUGGCGGCGAUGAUGACGAAGACGGUUUCGGAGAUGAGGAUGAAGACGACGAGGGGGACGGUGCCUUUGAGGAUCUCGAAACCGGCGAGUCUCACGGUCUUGAAGAGGCCGAGGAUAAGGGCGAAGAGGAGCCCGAGAUAAGCUUGGAGGCUGAGAGAGAGAAGAACGCGCGCCGCAAGGAGGAACUCAAGCUCCGAUUCGAGGAAGAGGAUCGCGAAGGUUUCAAGAACGACAAGGCCAUCGCCAGGAGAGAAGGCGGCGACCAAGAGUUCGGAGAGGAUGAGUGGUACGAUGCACAAAAGGCCAUGCUCCAGAAGCAACUCGACAUCAACAAGGCCGAGUUUGAGGAGCUUGAUGAGAGCCAGCGGAUUGCGGUCGAGGGCUACAGGGCGGGCAAGUACGCCAAAAUGGUCAUCGAGGGAGUCCCGGCCGAGUUCGUCAACCGAUUCCAGGCGCGACUGCCUAUCAUUGUCGGCGGUCUGUCACCGACGGAAGACAGAUUCGGGUUCGUCCAGGUCAGAAUCAAGAGACAUCGCUGGCAUAAAAAGAUUCUCAAAACCGGCGACCCGUUAAUCUUCUCUCUCGGCUGGAGGAGGUUCCAGACCCUCCCCAUCUACUCUAUCUCGGAUUCGCGGACCCGAAACAGGAUGCUGAAGUACACCCCGGAACACAUGCACUGUUUUGGCACUUUCUAUGGGCCCCUGAUCGCGCCAAAUACCGGCUUCGCGUGCUUCCAGUCCUUCUCCGCCUCCAACCCCGGCUUCCGGAUCGCUGCGACUGGCACCGUUCUGAGCGUUGACGAGUCCACAGAGAUCGUCAAGAAGCUCAAGCUUACAGGCACGCCAUAUAAGAUCUUCAAGAAUACGGCUUUCAUCAAGGACAUGUUCAACUCGGCCCUCGAGAUUGCCAAGUUCGAAGGGGCCGCCAUCAAGACAGUGUCCGGUAUCCGCGGUCAGAUUAAGCGGGCGCUCGCCAAGCCAGACGGCCACUUCCGCGCGACGUUCGAGGACAAGAUCCUGCUCAGCGACAUCGUCUUCCUCCGCGCGUGGUACCCGAUCAAGCCGCACCGCUUCUACAACCCCGUGACCAACCUCAUCGGCUGGCAGAGCAUGCGGCUGACGGGCGAGAUCCGGCGCGACGAGAACAUCCCAACGCCGCUCGACCGGAACAGCCAGUACCGCAAGAUUGAGCGGCCCACGCGGCACUUCAACCCGCUCAGGGUGCCCAGGGCACUCGCGGCCGAGCUGCCCUUCAAGUCGCAGAUCGUGCAGACCAAAGCGCAGAAGAAGGAGACGUACAUGCAGAAGCGCGCCGUGGUGGUGCGCGGCGAGGAACGCAAGGCCCGCGACCUCAUGCAGAAGCUCACGACGAUCCGCAAGGAGCAGGUCGCGAAGCGGCGGGCCAAGAAGGAAGAGAAGCGCGCCGAGUACCGCAAGAAGAUCGCCGAGAUUGAGGAGCGGCUGGAGAACAAGGAGAAGCGGGAGAAGCAGGCUUACUGGGAGAGGGAAGGGAAGAAGAGGAAGCCCGGCGAUGUGGGAGGUGGCGGGGGGAAGAGGCGGAAAUAG